CUCUGACGCAUCAGUUCGUUCAAGAUGGCGACGCCCGGUGAGCUGUCCCUUGAGGAGAUACGCAAUUAUUUAUUGGAAAACGGUGGUACCGCGCGCAAUCACGACUUGGUGAAGCAUUUCAAGCGGUUCCUGACGGACCCGGAGACGCGAGUGGAAGCGAGGAAUCGUUUCAAGGAAUACGUCAACACCCUGGCCACCAUAAAGAACGAGGAGGGCGAUAAAUAUCUGGUUCUCAAGAAGAAAUAUCGGCAACCCUUUCUAGACUUUUCAUCCCCUCAGCUAGUAGGAGAGAGAUCUCUCGCCUCUCCUGAUCUAGCUACUCCAGUUUCUCCUUUGCGGGAACCUCCGCCUUAUCGGCCACCACCUCCAGCCCCCCUUAGCCCGUUAUCGAGCAGUUCUCACUCGAGUUUCGAGCAGCCUACGACACCGAUUUCGGAACGCGAGAUCGACCAAAAAAAUGACAACAUCGAUGCAUCCAGCGUAUCAGUAUCGUCGCCACCUGUUCCACCGCGACGCAAAAGUCAGGACAAACUCAAGCUGGAGAACAAGGAAAAUGUCGACAAGAAUAAGAGUGGCGUCUCUGAAGCUGUUAUCAAGGAAGAUGAAACGGUCACGAUGACAAAUGCUGUCUCGGCCGAGCAGUUGAGCGUUCGCGAGCGGAUGCAACGCUUUAAUCGGAUGGCCAGUGAAACCGAUCUUCCUGCCAGGCCUAACGACACGACUAGUCCUGCUAAGAAACGAGUUGACAAGGGCGCCGACGAGGAUGACAGCGCUUCCGUUGCCUCGCAACUGGACGGAAAAUCGCGGGAGUGGUUGGUCAGGGCGGCCCAGGGAGACUACCAGGCGUUGGCGAAACUCGCGACCGAGGAACCUCGUCUCACCAGGCUCAAGGAUCCGACUUCCGGCACGGCUCUACACUGGGGCGCCAAACACGGCGAGGAGAACAUUAUCAAAUUAAUAGCGGGCACCUACAAGGACUACAACAAGAGUGUCAACGAGACCACGAAUGGGGGCUACACGCCGCUGCAUAUCGCCAUGCAAUUCGGACAUGAGAAUAUAUUUAAUCUUUUGGUUCAAGUGUACGGCGCGAAUCAGGACAUACGUGACUACAGUGGUAGAAAAGCCAGACAAUAUCUGGUCUCGCAGGAGGCAGCAGUCAGCCAGGACACGUUCCACAAGAUAAAAGCAAGGAAAAAGCAUGCAGAGAAAGAUCUUGGUUUCCUACGAAUUGGCUCGUUGAACGUUCGCGUGAAACGUACGACGGAAGCCUUCAGCCAGUUCCUGGGUGUGGCAACCAGCAGUACGGCUAGCAGCAACAACGAGAAGAUCCACAAGUCGUGGGGAUCCGCAGAUAACGUUCAGCUGGACCAGAAACUGAUGCCACCACCAAAGUACGGACCCAUCAAGAAACGCAAGAGCAGACGACCGCAGGACUUCGGUUCGUCGCAGGAGCAGCAACAGGCCACCAGUCAGCCGACCACCCCGUUACUGCAGGGCAAGGUCAGCCGACCGAACCGGGCUAUUCAGCGUCGACCUACGUCCACGACAUCCAUCGGCUCCAUCAGCGCGUCCGGCAACGUUCAGCAAAACGACUCGGACUCGGACACGGCGUGCGGCUUCGACUCUGCUUGGCGAGGAUCCGCGCAGCUGUAAUUCCUGACCGUCGCAUCGCCUGCAUGAUCAUUCGUAUGCAUAAACGGACUUAUAGGAAGAGAUUUUGAGGAGCCUCGAGAACCUCAGCGAUCCCUAAUAGCACAAUAUAUCCGAAAGAUAUUCAGAGGAUAUUCAGAGGAUAUCCUCAGGAUGUUCUCUGAACGUCUUCGGAAUAUGUGUGCUGUUUAAUAUACUUUGGACGAUUUUUUUAUUCGUCCCAACAUCUGAAAUGAGGAUCUAUGCGUGCGAAAAGUUUAUUAUGAAUAAAGGACGAUCCUGGAAACAUUUCUUGGCUUUUCUAGAUCUCACAUGUCCGAUUAUGUUUUGAUAAAUUAUGAUGCGACACAAUAUGCCUCUGAAAGAUUAUUGUCUGUUUUGUAGAUGUAGUUUAUUCUUGCAAAAUUUCAUCAGUGAUAUUUAUUUGAUGUUUUCUUUAAUAAGUUAAGUUAAGUGUAUUUUUUAUAUUUAAGUAGAUAAUUUGUAUCGAUAAAUUCUCGUUAUGUUAAGCUUAGCAUUUUGGUAUUCUUAAUGGUAUUCAUUCUUAUUUUUAAGCUAAAUUGACGUAUAAUAUAAAUUUGAUUUAAAAUAUGUUUUACAUACAUAAAUAUAGGAAU